AUGGAGACGUCUAUCAAAGGGCUUCCUCGGGAAAGUGUUCAGCGCAAGGUGGAUCCGCAGCAGUACAACUUCACCCUGAAUGUGGUGACCCAGAAAUAUGAAAAUGGAACAGUUGAUCUUAUAUGGUUGCCAGACGAAGCACCAUUCAAUGAGUCCCAAGAUAAUACAAGUUGGCACCAUAACAAUAGCGUUCACAUUACCCUGGCUGGAUACUUUUUGACUCUGAAAUCUGUGGAGGAAACACUGAAGGCAACAUUGGAAGCCUCUACCAUAAAGCACAGACUCCCAUCACUCAAGCCUUGGACUGAGUACGAAGUCAUAUUACGACCGUUUUGCACAAAGACUGGCAAAACGAACGAGAUGUACAAAAUUGGAAAAGCCUCAACGACCAAGUUCCGUUCUCCAGCAGCAGCUCCACCACGUCCAGUGGACGUCAAGGCUUAUUUCUGGGACCUCAGUCCAAGGGAAGUUUAUUUGAACGUUUCUGAUUCCCACAACCGGCACGGGGAACGCGCCGGACAUCGAGUGAGGUGGAAGCUUCAUGGAGAUGGAACAUCCGUCGACGGAGACGGUCAAGCGGACUUUGGAAUCUAUGAAACGUUAUUCGAGAAUGAAAACUGGCUUUACAUUACCCUUCCACCUGGACGACUCUACACGCUAUAUAUUUCAGCACUAAAUAAAGGGUUAAACGGCACGGUUAUUGCUGGAGAAGAGCUCGAAACAGAAGUGGCCACAGUACCACUGGAACCUGCUGAUGUAGAUGCGCUGUCCAUGGGACCAAGGAACGUUAACGUGAUCUGGCGUUCAGUUGGAUUCUCGGAUAUUUUCCUGGUGGCUGUCUGCAAUGGAUCUUGUCCGCGGCUUUCAAGAGAGUUCGUACCGUCACUUCAUGCCUCGUAUCUCCUAACGUACGUCCACGGCUCCUUGGAAGAACAGAUUCGACAAAUGUAUGAAAGGCUUCAAAUCAACUACGUACUCGUAAAAGUUGACGGAAGCGGUGAGGAGUCAAAAGAGAACAACGUCCUCAUCGAAACGCCUUUUCUGCUAACAAACCCAUCGGUUAGCAUGGCCAGCUGUUAUAUGGGAAAAUGCAGUCACGCUGUGACAAAAAUGGUUUCGAAAAUGAAGAACACUCCACCUCGUCCUAUCAGCGCUGAAUUUUUUUAUAAAGAACGUGGUGGUAUGUCAUUGGAAAUUACCGACCCAGAGGACCGGAACGCAGAAGGUGCCGGUCAUCGUGUGAGGUGGAAACUUCAUGGAGGUUCUACAGAUGGUGAUGGCCAAGCUGACUUUGGCUACUGGAGAAUAAUUUCAUUUGAUAAGGAUAGAAACUGGGUAGACCUUUCCCUUGAACCUGGACGAUAUUACACGCUAUACAUUUCAGCGCUGAAUAAAGGAGAAAACAACACGGUUAUUGUGGGGCCCGAAAUCAGCACAGAGGUUACCACCGUACCACGUGAACCUAUAGAAGUGAGCGCAGAGUCUAUGGGACGAAACAAAGUUUACGUUAAUUGGCGUUCCGUGGGAUCUGCAGAUAUUUUUCUGGUUGCUCUCUGCAAUGGAUCUUGUCCACCCCUUUCACAAGAUUUCUUCCCAUCACUGCACGCCUCCUACCUUCUGACAAACGUUCACGGGCCGAUGAAGGAGCAAAUAAAUCGUAUGUCUAAAAGACUCCACAUGGACUACGUCCUUGUAAAAGUUGAAAGAGGCAGUGAGGAGUCAUCUCUGCACAACAUCCUUAUGGAAUUGCCAGAGACCAUAAGGAAUGCCACAGUUAGCGUUGCCUGUUGUCGCAUUGACAAAUGCAGUCAAUCUGUGUCUACAAUGGUGAAAACGAAAAAAGAGGGUUUGCGUGCUCCAACCGAAGUGAAGGUAGCUCCCGUCUCGAAGGAAAAAGCGUUGGUGUCCUGGACAGAACCGAAUGAGCCGAUGAUUUCCAGAUUGGGAUAUAUAGUUACGACAAGCGGAGUGAAGCUCCCGAAGUUGCGACUCCUGACAUUCAACGGAGAUGUCAGCGGUUGGCAGAGCUUUUGGGAACAAUUCAGUGGUGCUGUUUACAACAACGACAGCAUCACACGAUCGGAAGAGUUCCACUACCUUCGCACACUCGUCACCGGGCCAGCUGCUGCCGCAAACGCAGGACUACAGACGCAGGACGACAUUGCCAUCCACAUCCUGACGCAGCGGGCCCUGCCGGAGGUGAUUGUGCUGAACUACCACAGGCGGCCGUCGGGCAACACCGCCUACGGGGCGUCCGGGACGUCGGAGAGAAAUCCAACGUCACCGAAUGCAACAGGACAAGACGCCGGCCGCUCAAUCGACUCGCUCUCCUCUGCAAGGAUCUGUCCCUCACCGCUGCAAUCCAAAGAUGCCGAAGAACAUCAAUCUGAGUCCUGCUCUGGCGACCUCGUACUUGAACAGAAGAAAAGGAGGUUGGCAGAAGACAUGAGGUGCUUCCGAUGCACAACCAGAGGACACCGCGCCAAAGACUGCCGACGGAAGGUGAAGUGUGCGUCAUGUGGAGGAAGGCAUGCAAGCUCGAUGUGUGACCCUAACUGGACCCCACCGAAAAGUGUUAACACCAUUCUCAACACCGCAAGCGUCGUUAACUCCAACGUUACGAUGGACUCGGGGGUGCUUCUGCAGACUUUCCGAGCUUCCGCCGUAGGAGAUCGUGCAACCAGCCACUUGCGAGGCGUCAUCGACGAAGGAAGCCAGCGGACUUUCAUACACACGGACGUCUCAAGAAAGCUAAAUCUCCGAGUGAUCCGUACUGCGAACCUUCAGUUGAACACCUUCGGGGAAACAUCGACACGCGCCCAACGACGCAGGCUGGCUGAGGUGCGCCUUCGUAGUCAGCAUGACGGAAAAGAGUGUGUCCUCGAGGCUAUCGAAGUACCUUCCAUUCGCAACGACAUCCUGCAAGUGCCGGUGGACUACGACUUCGUGAGAAGCAUCGAGGCUGACGGAGGACUCAUCGCGGACAUGACACUGACCCAAGGUACGGAGCCCCGACGUGGCAUCAGUUUUCUUCUUGGAUCGGACCAGCUUUGGAAGGUCACCCGAGGCGAGGUUCGUCUGUUCAGAGAGAAUGAGAGCAUGGUCGCAAUCGAGAAAAUUUUCGGUUGGACCACCCAGGGUCCGAUUUCCUUGCACAGCACCCUGUCGGGUAGUACAAACACGAUGGUUUGCGUUCUGAAGAUCAACACGCGGGCGCAGGACGAAAAUGAGGCGACACUCCGUCGCUUUUGGGAGCUCGAUAGCCUCGGAAUUACGGAUGAGCCGAAAACCGACAGCGAGGAACUGGAGGCUGUAAAAAGACAGUUUGAACGCACAAUCACGAAGGCAUCGGCUCGAGUUUUCGACCCCCUGGGCCUUAUCGCUCCGUACAUGAUUCGGGUCAAGAUCAUAUUCCAGCAGCUGUGGGAACGUGAAAUCGGCUGGGAUGCGGAGCUGCCUGACGACCUUUCCGAGCUGUGGCAGCGGUGGUGCAUGGAACUGCCACUCUUGACCCUACUGAAAAAACCCGUAUAA